CUUAUUUGUUACGGUUGAUGUCAUGUGGUUGAUUUUUUUAUCAUCUGAUCAUUUGUUAUAAAUAAACAACAUCUGCUAUUCAUAUACACCAAAAGGCAGUUGCAGAUUUAUUCUUUUUUGCAAAACAACAUGAGCAUUUGUGAGAAAAUUACCCUCGAUGUUGCCCAGAAGGCUUUGAAAAAGAUAAGACCAAAGAUAGAUACCGACGAGUACUGCUUUGAAAUCAUAACCCCGGAUCAAUAUGUGGAAGCCUUUGACAUCAUGAGUAACCAUUUUAUUCCCGAUGAGCCGAUAUGUCAUGCUUCCAACGUUACAUGGAAUAAAGAUUUUGAAAAGAUGACCAUUGAAGACCUCAAGCACAAUAUUUCACUUACAAUGAUCUCUAGGAAAACUGGUGACAUGGUUGGCUUAGGAAUAUCCGGCUUUUUGCGACGUUCUGAUACCCCGGAGGACUUCAGCUGGAUGGAGUCUAAGAAUGUUAAAGAUGUCUUCAGAUUUAUUUACUAUCCGACUAAAGAGAUCGACAUCUUCAACAGAUACGGCGUCGAUGAAAUAUUCUCGUUAGAUUUCCUCUGUGUCCGAAAUGAUUACAGACGUCAUGGAUUAGCGAUUCACAUCGUUAAAGCGGCUCUUGAAUUGGCUAAGGACCUAAGCUUUACCGUGGUUAAAGGAGAUUGCACUGGGAAUUACUCACAGCGUAUAUUUGAGAAGCAUGGCUUUGAAACCAUCUUGAAUAUACCAUAUAACUCCUGCGUCAUUGAUGGAAACCCUAUUGGUGAGAAAACGGGUGCACACAAGUCGUUGAAAAUUUACGGGAUACGGUUGUGAAGAAUUACAACUUCAUGGCAUGCUAAUGUCGUUCUUUGACUUGAUAAAAAGUUGAAAUAAUAUUAAACAUAAAAUUCUGUACCUCUAUAUUAUAUUGUUUAUGUUAAAAUUGCCUUUAAAUAAAACAUGAGGCAUCUUUUAUUUAUCAUAUGAAUAUAUUAUGAUCGUUAA